CAUCGACAUCGACGGCAGGCACGAGUAUGGCGGCCAACACCACAACCACGUCUAGCAAAAGCGCCGGUGCCAGCGGACCGUCCGCACCCAUCGCCAUCCCCAGCUCGCGCUCCACAGAGUCCUCAGCUAUGCUCAGCUCAAGCAUCCCCACCUCCAGCUCCACAGACGAGCGCAGCGUCCGCUUUGAAGACGCCUGCGUGCUCAUCCCCGACACCACCCCGAGUCGCUCGCGCGGCCCGCGCAUGGUCAGCAGGACAUACACCCUUCCUCGGUUCAAGAAACGGCGCUCAAGCUCGCUCGACGGGCCCACCUCGCCCGAGGACGAGCAGCGCCUGCAGUUCCGCGUCGCAUUGCCCAGCUUUCUCGGCUCACCCAAGGCCUCAUCUUCCGCUGGGCCUUCGUCCUCCGCGCACGGCUCCGGGGCAUCGUCGCUCCCGCACCACCAGACACUCACGCCCUGCCUUGUUCACCGCACACCCGCGUUUGCAUCUGCGCUCUCUUCCGAGCCUGAAUCUGCCGUCGCAGACGAACCGUUAAGCCCAGCCUCCCCACAAGACCAGCAAGAGCAAAUUCAGCGCUCCCCGCGCGUCGACACCGUCCCCGCCUCUCCGCGCGCGAGCUUCUCCGGGUUCACGCUCGCGACGAUCCCCCUGCGCGACUGUUGCCCUGACUGUGGCGCCGCCACAGACGCCGCGCUCGCCCAGGGCCCAGCGUGGGAUGCCCCGUUCACGCGCGGCGCCGCGCGCUUACGCUCGCUUAGCGCCAGCGCCACCGAAGGACUGUCACCUUCAUCGGCUGGCGCGACGAGGAGCGGCCGUGGAGCGACUUUUCCGUUUCGGCCCCACGCGGUCCGGUGCGUGAGCGGGAGCGCUGCUGCCGCUGCCCUGGGCGCGGACAAGGUGUGCGCGAUUAAUGUGGACGAGGUGGAUAUGCGCCGCGGCGGGCCCUCGCCUUUAAACGCGGACGUUGGGGCGGAUUCGGACGCGCAGGCGACGGAUACGGAGGUGACGGACGCAGAGUCGCCGGCUAUUAACUUCGCCGAUCCGCCCAAGCGGCCGUGGUGCAAGAGCGCGGGGUCGUCGUCGUCGCGCGACGGGAGACCGCACUCGGCGAUUCCAGAGGAGGAAGAUGAGCUGUUCCCAUUACCGUCGCCACGGCGCUCGCCCAGCGGUUCGCCGUUGGCGAGCCCGGCGGGCUCUUCCUCGUGCCUUUCCAUCCCUUCAUCGACCGCGGCGGUGGAAGGCCCUCCGACGCGCAGGAGCCCGUCAAAUAGCUCCGCCGAGAGUUUGCCUGUUGCUUCUCCCAAUCCGAGGCACAUCCAGACGCAGACGCCUUUGGGCGCAUCGCCAGCUGCUGCUGCGCGGCCGAGAUGGCUGGCUCCUCCAGGCGCGAACGGGUCGAGCAGCAGUCUUGCUAGCAGAGGCACAUUCCGGUCUUCGUCGCCUAAUUUGCUGGGUGGUAUGCCGUCCAUAUCAGGUCGCUCUACGCCUACCACAUCUUCAGACCCACUUUCUUCCGCCUCUGCCUCUGCCUCCUCCGAGUCCUCGUGUGCCUCCGAAGCGCCCCGCGCUCCGUCCCCAGCACCUUCAGACGUGUCCGCCUCGCCGACACUCUGCGACGCCCUCGCUCAGCCGCAGCCGCAGCGUCCUGGGAUGACACGCUCGGGCUCAGCCACACCCACACGCGCGUACACGCCCAACGCGGCGCCCAUCUUCCCUGCGGGCCACUCGCCGCGCAACCUCGCGCCGCCUGUGACGCGCCGGCGGCCGUCGCCGGCAGCGAGCGCGGAAAACGUGUCGCUGAAUAGCAGCGGGCGCGCCAGCCCGCUUCCGGGGAAUCUGAGCGGGCGUGUUACUAUUCGCUCGACGACGACGAUUCCGGAGCGGUCUGCGUCUAGCCCGGGCCUCAAUGUGGAGUUGGGAGAGGGAGGGAGCAGACGCGGGAGUCUGAGUCUCGUGUCGCCGAGUUUGCCGGAUAUAGCGUCGAUGGCGAAGUUUAUGUCGUUGAACGACGAUGCGGACCGCGUGCCGCCGCCGACGAAGAGUCCGGUGCUGUCGCCGCUCUCGCAGUCGCACUUGACACCGUUGUCGCUGUCGCCGUCGCCGUCGCAGUCGCAGGGGCGCACGGGGCAACUCCGGCCUGUGCAGAUCUCCACUUCGAACUUGUCCUCGUCGUCCGCCUUCGCGUCCCCGUCUUCACCCUCCGCUGCGCCACAACGGCCCUCGCAGCGCGCGGAGUCGCAGACCGCGCUCAGCGCUAGCCCGACGCAGCUCCGCGCGCCGCCCUCGCCGACGUUGACGCGCUCGCCGAGCACGAAGAAGCGCGCGUCGUUCAACAUUGCGAAGCCGCGGGGCAUCAUCGCGGAUGUGCUCCGCGGUGUGGGCGCGAUUGGCGGCGGGGGCGGGGGCGGGGGGUCGGCUGUUGGUGUGGGCAUGUAGGCGGGGUGGCUUUCGCGCAUUCGUCCCCCCAGACUUCCUCCUGCCCUUCUGGGCGUCGGCCUCGGCCUCGGCCUCUUGCGAUAAUAAAACUGAAGAAAGGACAAGGAAAUGUAUUGUAUAAACUGUCUUUAUACCCACCUGGCUUUCGUGGAUGCAUGCUAGUAUCUUUUCUGUGCUGUAUAUUGUAAUUACUAACUCUGCUUACUUGCUUGCUUUGUUUUGUUUAGAGCUCGUAAUUGCCCUUUUGUCUUUUACCUGUUGUUUUUCCAUUGUGCAUAUAUUCGUUCUUUGUUUGCUUG